UAAUAAGUAUACCCUGCCGGACACAAAUAUAUUGUAAAUAUUUAGAUGGUUGAAAUGAACUAUGUUGUAUGUUAUUUACGUAUUAUGUAAUUACGCAGAUCGUCUGCUAAAUCAAUGCGCGCGCAGUGGUGUCCGAUUGUUUAUUUCAAGCUUCUUUGUCGAUAUUUCAGAUGCUAUAGCUUUGUUUUGAUAUUUUAUGUAUAAGGACAAUGUUCGGACAAUUUAAGAUGAUAUGUAUAUCAUGUUUUUCAUUAUCUGAAAUUUUUAUAGUUCCGGCUUCCCGGAAAGGACAAGUUUCCAUUGGAUUAGUAUGUCACGUGACAAUUACAAUUUAGUAUAUAAACGCGCGAGCACUCAGCAAUGGCAGAUAGCCCAAAGUUUUGCUGGCGGCAAGUUCAAACCUUGGAAAACAAAUAAAGUAACAAUAACCUUUAGAAUGAGACCAUCAUCCCAAAUUGAGGCAAAGUGUUGGCUGUGUCCCAUGACGUUUAGGACAAGGAGACAACUGAAAAAUCAUCUGGCAGCUGCCCCACACAAAAGGCUUUCGGUCAUUUGUGUUUGGUGUCCUGAGGAGAAGUCCUACAGGAGGAUGGUUGACCUUAAGGAGCAUGUCAUGGCUCACCACCGCAGUAAAAUAGAACUGAUGCCUUAUAGCUUCCUGAGCGAAAACAAUGGGUUUUGGAUGGCAAACUAUCCAGAGACAUAUGCUAAGGUAAUCCUACCAUCAAAUGAGAAUUCACAAGAAGCAAUGAAAGCCAGGAUUGAGGUUCUUGAAUUUUUAAACAGGGUGGACAACACCAACAGAAAGAAAGAGGAAUGGACUGUAGGGUGGAAGUGUCCGAAGGAGAUGGUAAAAGGUACACAAGAAGAAGAGGUUGAGUCGGAGAAACCCAAUGGAUCUUACUCACCAACACGCCCCACUAUUUAUGAAGGGCUGGCCCUCCAGCAACUAACUUUGGGACUUGGGGACUCUACAGCCAUUUUUAAAUUGGACCUUGGAGUGUCCAUAAGAUUUUAUAUGAUCCAUUUGAAUGACUCCGUUCUUAGAGACCAAAAAAUGCUUGACGCUCUGAUUAGAAGGAUGACAGCACUAGUUAACACAAAGUACGCAGGAUCACAUACCUUCUCUGUAUCGAUAGACGGUAAACUAAAGUCUAUAGUGACUCCUGUAGUGGCUAGGAAAUUAUCAAUAAAGGAGGAGUAUAUAACGGAUAUAAAAACAUCAGGCGAAUUAUUCCCAGGAAAACAGACAAAAGCCGCCACAAAUCAACUAUCACCACUGAAAACACCAUCAACAUCGGAUAUCAUUUUAGAAGACGACAGCGACAAUGAAGAACCCGAGAUUUUAGAGGAACCAACAAGCCAGAAGAAGGGUAGAAAGACGACCGAGAAAGAAGAAGAGAGAUAUGUAGAGAAAAGAAAGAAAAAGACUAACCACCAGGAACAGAAGGCAAAGAAAAUAAAGAAAGGAAAGGAUUACAAGAAACAGGAUGAGGAAAUGCCAUUAACAGAGGAAGGACAAAAGAGAACGGAAAAACAGGAACAGGAGGAGAUCAAACGGAAAGAGGAAGAACAUAAGAAGCGGGAAACACAGAAACAGGAGGAGGAAGUCAGACUAAAGGAAGCAGAACAAAAGAGAAAGGAAAAACAGGAACAGGAGGAGAUCAAACGGAAGGAGGAAGAACAUAAGAAGCAGGAAACACGGAAACAGGAGGAGGAAGUCAGAUUAAAGGAAGCAGAACAAAAGAGAAAGGAAAAACAGGAACAGGAGGAGAUUAAACGGAAGGAGGAAGAACAUAAGGAGCAGGAAACACGGAAACAGGAGGAGGAAGUCAGACUAAAGGAAGCAGAACAAAAGAGAAAGGAAAAACAGGAACAGGAGGAGAUCAGACAGAAGGAGGAAGAACGUAAGAAGCAGGAAAAACAGAAACAGGAGGAGGAAGUCAGACUAAAGGAGGCAGAACAAAAGAGAAGGGAAAAACACAAACAGGAUGAGGAAAUUAGAAUGAAAGAGGAAGAACUAAGGAGACAGGAGGAGGCAGAAACCAAGAGAUUAGCAGAAGAAACCAGGUCAAAUGAAGCAGAACUAAUGAGACUACAGGAAGGAGAGAACCUGCAAAGUUAACAGUU